AUGUCAGAUCUGCUACGGGGCAACCCCCCCACCUCUGCCCCUGCCACUGCCACUGCACGCGUCCAAAAUGGAGGAACUGCUCGCACCACUGCUGCUGGUGACUCCGGUCCAACUCCAACUGGCCCUCCACGGUACAGGACUCCAACUGAUGUCAUGCGGGAAAGACGAGCGCGAGAAGCACGACGAGCAGAGGAGGCUGCCAGACAGCAGCAGUUACAGGAGGACGAAGCACGGAGAGGACCACAGGAAAGAGUUGUUGGCGUUGGGGAUGAUCCUACACGUAGACCCCCCCGAAGACCUUCGAAUCCUCCUACACAAUCCUACAACAUAGCCGGUCCUUCUGCGCCACCCGCCUCUUCCUCCAGGCGGCAGGAGAACCAACCCCCAGAUCCAGCAACUACUUCGGCAAGACCAGGAGGCCCCCCAGACCCUACCCGUGUCAUAUCCGCCAAUACUCAACGGAAUCGCACCGAAGCUUAUGAACAACUGAAUGUUCCCGCUCCUGCUACAGCCCGACCUCCCGUUGGAAGACCAGACCAACCCACCCAGGCUCAUCAACCACCACGACAAGGUGCCCCUCCAACGGCGGCAGCUGGAGCAGCACCCGUCCAAUCGGCACCCCCGCCUGGGCCCCAGUCUGGAACACAGCCCGGGCCUCGAUCAGAUCCACAACCUUCCGCAGCACAGAGUCGAAACCGCUUCCCCAACGCUUUCGACCGCUGGGAAGACCUCUCUUCACACUGGGAAGGCAUUGUGUCAUCCUUCCUCCGUAAACUGCAGAACAACGAAGACGAACUGGCGGGGAAACCCAUUGAUCGCCAGAUGGCCCGGCAGAUCGAUGAUCUAUCUGCUGCGGGUGCCAACCUGUUUCACGCUGUAGUCGAAUUGCAGCGUCUUCGAGCUUCGUCCGAGCGCAAGUUUCAACGAUGGUUCUUCGAGACUCGGCACGAGCAGGAACAGGCUCAACUCCGACAAGAAGAACUAGAACGUCAACUGACCGCCGAACGCGAAGCUCGGACCCACAGCUCCACUUCCAUCGAAGCGGCCCGUGCAGACAGAACCCGUGCCGAAGAACUGGUCAAGGAAAUGCGCCGAGAGUUACAGAUCAGUAAAGAAGAGGCACGGCGGGCGUGGGAAGAGUUGGGUCGAAGAGAGCAGGAAGAGCGCGAGAGGACCAUUGCCCUGCGAAGUGGUGAGCCCACCCUGAUCGGUGGAGUGCAAGUCGUGCCGAUGCAAGGCCUGCCCAGCCGGCAGGUCAGCUCGGCUCAACGCCCACAAACUAGAGAUGGUCCGACCGCUGGUGCUGGUCCGGGCACGCUGUCUGGUUCAGGCUACGCACAACAACUGCCAUUGCCUCAACGACCUCCUUCCAGAAGCCAGACGACCACUACCUCUCUCGAUUCCCCAGGCGAAGAAAGCCGCCAAUUCACCUACCAAGGAGAGACUGGCACCUCACCCACUGUGACGGACCCAUACACUGAAGGUUCACGCCGCCGUGACCAGCAAAGCCCACAACAGCUGCGCCACGAGCCAGAUACACAAUUCUACUCGAGCCCAUCAAGACACCCGCAAGCAUCCUCACCUCUACAACCACCCACCUCAGCGGCUGCCAUUGCCGCCGCUCGUGCUAUCGCGCUUUCUUCUCAGCCCCCACUGCCAACCCCCAUCCGCUCAGGAACAGGCGGCACCGACCACUCCUUCAUCCCAUCGACUGCCUCUGCUUUCUCCGAAGAGGAAUACCACAUCAACCCAGAUGGCAGUUAUACACGAGAUGAUCAAGGCCACAGAAUCCCGUAUCGUCAACCGAUCCAACGAGGUCCAGCAGGGUCGUCCGCUCUGUCCGGAGAAGAAGGCGAGAUGACGGAGGAAGAAGAGGAUGACGAUGACGACCACGACCACGCCGCCGACAUGGAGCGUGAAAGAAUGUACGCUGCACAAUACCGCCAGUCCCAGCCGGUCACGCUCCCAGCGACAUCAAUGGCGCAACAGCCACGCACCAGCGCGGGUGCAUUACCGUCCAUCCCACAAGGUCGAACCAUCAACGCAUCAUCGGCCGAAUACACCUCACAGGCACAGCAACAGCAACAAGGAGGUGCCUACGCCGCCCCGCCGGGCUGGGAGAACAUCCAAAUGCAGACCUCGCACCGCCACCCAACCCGCCUCAGCGACAUUAUCGAGGAGCAGACGGCACGCACUUCCCCCAGCCGUACCAGCUAUAUCAGCGGUCAGGGACUCCCUGGUGACGGCAUGCCACCCUCCAGCGUACCGCCAACGACUCGGAGAUGA